AUGAACUCAACAGUGUUAGUGUUUCAUCCACCCGCUUUUGUGAUCAUGGGACAGAAGAGAAAGAGAGAUUGUUUUUCUGACAGCGAUUGCGUUAUUGUGCACAAUUCCUAUCUUGGUGCACAAACAAAAUCUUGCCCCAACGAGGCCAUCAACUAUCUCCAGCCCGUUGAGGAGAGGCGGCCAUCAAAAAAGAUGAGGAGCAGGUCGCCCUCUAGUUACUUCUCUGCUCAAAGUGUCACCUCUGAGGAGAGAAAUGCUGAAUAUUUUGAUUCCUUCAUGGAUUGCUCUGUGGAGAAUCAUGAAGUUCUGAGAACUGACACCAGCAGCAGCCUGAGUCUUGACGAGGCCAGCUCCAGUUCCAGCUCCUCCAGCAGAACGUCCAGCUCCAACAGCAGCUCCAGCGGGGCUUCCAGCUCCAACAGCAGCUGCAGCAGGAUGUCCAACUCCAACACCAGCUCCAGCGGGACGUCCAGCUCCAACACCACCUCCAGCAGGACGUCCAACUCCAGCUCCAGCAGUCUUGAAGGUUAGCAGGUUUAACAUCCUUUAUCCUUUUUAAACUUUAAAUAUGAUAUUUUGGGCCGCUACAGAAUUGUGAAAAAGCUCGGUGAGGGAGGAUACGGCACAGUGUUUGAAGCAGUUCGUGUGAUGGAUGGUCUUGAGGUGGCAAUGAAGGUGGUUUUGAAGAACAAUGACCUGGAUUAUCUCAGCAUUCCUGGUCAUCCUACACCCCUUCCGUUAGAGGUUGCUCUAACGAUUUUUGCCAACGAAGGUCCAAACGUUCCUCAGAUAAUCCAGAUGUUGGAGUGGCAGGAGCGGUCCGACUCCUAUAUAAUGAUCUUGGAGCGCCCCUCACCCUGCGAAGACCUUUUUGAUUUUCUGGAGCGGCACGGAGGAACCCUUGGCGAGAACAUGACGCGGCACAUCAUGUGGCAGGUAGUGCAGGCUGCCCACAUGUGCUGUCAGCGAGGGGUCCUUCAUCGAGACAUAAAACUAGAAAACCUGCUGAUAAACAAGGAGACCCUGGAGGUGAAGCUCAUUGACUUUGGCUGCGGUGACCUCCUGAAGACCUCUGCCUACACAACAUUCUGUGGCACCGAAGAUUACUGUCCACCUGAAUAUAGGUCUAGUGGCAGAUAUUACGGUAAAGCGGCAACCGUUUGGUCACUGGGGGUUCUCCUAUAUGAACUGCUGUGUGGAGAACCUCCAAAACACAGUGACCUGGAAUUGACCAAUGAAAGGAUUUGGAUCAAAUCUGGAUUGUCAAAAGAGUGUUGCCAACUGGUCCAGUCCUGCCUUCAGAGGAGCCCAAAGAAGAGGAUCGCUUUGGGGAAACUCAGCAGCCAUAGCUGGUUCAAGGUAUUCAAUUCUACAUUUUCUUUCUUGAGCAUUUUUAUACAGGAUGUUUGUACAAGUGUCACCAGAUAA